CAUGUCAAAUGUAAUUCUAAGUAUAUGUCAGCAAUGACAUUUAUGUACAGCAGUGCAGCGAGGAAUGCGGUCGUUUCACUCACAGAGUCGGACAACCACAACAACACCCUAUUGUGUUUUCUCGCCCGAAUUCCGCGACCCGAGUGAGGAGAAGCAGUUCAGAUAAUGGAUGGAUAGUCACAGUGAACAGAUCUUCAACUGAACUGAGUGAUUUUUAUUUUAUUUUUUUUAUUUUCCCGCGAUCAAUGCAACCUGACAGUUGAGUUCAGUCAUUUCUCAGCUUCCGCGCCACGUGACCAUCCACUUCCGUCGCUCUUCUCUCCACUCACGGCGAACGGCGAGGCUACAGGACAUUUCAAUUCGAAAUUAAUGACAAAAGUCCAACCGAUAUUAAUGACAAACUCAUAAUACAAAAGAGAAUGUGUCAUCGGCUUGAAGAUAUUAUGAAGCUGUGCUGUGAGUUAUCUGCUGAUAAGCAGAUCCAGACCACAGUGAAGGGUUCCAGCAAGGGUGCAGCAACAGCUGGAGGCCUGGCCUUUGCUGGUGGCUUGGUUGCGGGUCCUCUUGGUAUUGCAGUAGGCGGUGCUAUCGGAGGCCUUCUUGGCUGUUGGCUGACCAGUGGUCAGUUCAAACCGCUUCCUCAGGUCAUUAUGGAGCUCAGUCCUCAGCAACAGCAGAAGUUGUACGCUGACCUGAUUGCCAUCCUUGGGGACAUUCAGUGGACUGAUGUGGCGCAGCUCACUGCUCUUGUCAUGAGCAACAGUAGUCUGAAGCAGCAGCUCACGGCAGCCCUUCUUGGCUAUGUCACCAAGGAGUUCCAAGCAAAUGUGCACUAUGUGGAUUAGUGUGCGAGUCCUCAGGCUCCACACCCUGACUGUUUGAAAAGGACAUGACUUUUAGUGUAUGCAUAUACAGAGGCUUUGAAAUGCUUUCCAGAAACAACAGUAGAGAAUACCAUUUUAUACUGAUGACACAUUUAUUUCAAUUUAAUCAGCUUUCUGGCAUUGCAUUUUAUUUUUUUAUUCAUCCAUCUUCUGUACCGUUUAUCCUCACUGGUGUCGCAAGUGUGCUGCCGGCCAUCUCAUGACUCUGGGUGAGAGGCGGCGUACAUUCUGAACUGGUCGCCAGCCAAUCGGAGGGCACAUGUAGACAGACAACCAUUCGCACUGACAUUCACACCUAUGGCUGCUUAAGUGCCUGGGGAGUACUGUAUUUUCACAACCAUGAGGCGCACUUAAAAGUCUUCCAUUUUCUCCAAAAUGGACGUGGCGCCUUAUAAUCCGCCGCGCCUUACGUGUGCACCGAGUUCCAACAUCUAUGUUCUGUUGGUGCAUUUGCUCUCAAGCUGAUGUUUAAAACUUUUUUUUUUUUUAACCUAUAUUCUUUCUGUCGGUGUCUUGAACCAGAGUCCCCACAGUGGCAGGUGAUGAUCUCAGCCACUUGUCCUACGGCUGCUCCCCGCUAAGAGUAUCACCACUAAAUCCCCAUCCUCAUUGUUUGCAGUUUUAUCUCAUUGUGACUUCACUUUUAAUAGAAUAGAACUUUCACUGUUACACUUAUAUCACUCUUGUAAACACUGAAAGCUUUCAUUGUUGAAAAGGAAGCCAUGUCCACAUUAUGAGUUGAUAGUAUUGUCUGUAUGAGUUUAAUGAGAAAUUUCAUCCAUCAUCCAAUUUCUAAUAUGUUGCUAACGAAGUAACCAACAUAUUAGAAAUUGCUCUCAGUACGAUGCAUUGCAGUUUUACACCAUUGUAAACUACAAACUUAACUUUAUACAUUGAAUAAGUUAAUACCUGUAGCCUUCCAUCCAUCCAUUCUCUGUACACUAACUCUCAGUAGGGUCACGGGUGUGCUGGAGCCUAUCCCAGUUGACUUUGGUUGAGAGGCGAGGUACACCCUGAACUGGUCGCCAGUCAAUAACGGGGCAAAAAUAGACAAAGAACCAUUCACAUUCAAAUUCCCAACAAAGGGCAAUUGACCUACCAUGUAUGUUUUUGGGAUGUGGGAGGAAACCGGAGUAACCUAGAGAAAUACUACGCAGGCACGGUGACCACAUGAAAAUGCCACACAGGAAGGCCGCAGCCCGGAUUUGAACCCACGACCUCGGGAAGGCGGACGCGCUAACCAAUCGGGCACUGCUCCACCAUACCUGUGUCCAAUGUGAUUUCAAAUUGAGCAUUAAUAUCUUUGGAAAGACAGAUGUUUUGAUACACUUCUUGUAUGAGACAUUAGUUUGCAAGUAAUCAGCUUUUCUUCUCAAUAUGGUUUGUGAAACAGGUUCACAAUUUAGCCAACUUGUUUGUCAAAAAACCUGGCAUUUAUUUCUGUAUGAUUAUCUAACAUGGUGGCCGACUGCUCAGCACAUCUGCCUCACAGCUCUGAGUUCAUGGGUUCAAUUUGGCCUCCCUGUGUGGAAUUUGCAUGUUCUCCCCGUGCCUGCGUGGGUUUUCGCCUGGUUUCCUCCCACAUUCCAAAAACGUGCAAGGUAAGUUCAUUGAAGACUAAAUUGCCCAUAGGUGUGAAUGUGAGUGCGAAUGGUUGUUUGUCUAUCUGUGCCAUGCGAUUGGCUGGGGACCAGUUCCCCGCAUCUUGCCCAAAGUCAGCUGGGAUAGGGGCCAGCACAUCCUUCGCCCUAGUGAGAAUAAGCGGGCCGGAAAAUGGAUGGAUAGCUAAUAUAUCCAUUGCAGUGGUGAGUGGUCAGAGCCAGCAAGGCAUUCUUCACUCCACACUAUGAGAAGUGCUGACCUACAUUUACAACCUAAAUUCUAAAGUUUGUUCCAUGAAAUUGCAUAAAUGUAUUACCAACAGUUUAUUACUUUUUUUUUUGGUCCAAUCAAGAGUUCAGCCUCCAUGUGCUGCCAUGUCAAUCUAAUGUGCCCAGUGAUGGCCACCGAUGUAACUUCGCAAUUGGACUCUUUGACCAAUUAAAUUUCCAAUUUCUUCAAGCGA